UUCAGCAAAGCCUGACUGUUAUGAUGAAGAAUGCUUAUUUAAUGUGCAACUGAGCAGAUGGUAUUAGAUAUGUCUUGGAGACAAUGUUCAUCUGUCCUUAUCGUGCAUUCGAGCGUUACAUUUGAAGAAGUCUGAAGCAGUCUUAAGGGACCUGUUGUUGUUUGGCCAACCCUCUUUCUCUCUCUCCAUCUCCAUCACUCUGUUUUUCUUUAUCACUUUCUCUCUCUGCUCUCCUGUUGUCCUUCAUCUCUUUCAAAAGUCACUUUCCCUCUAUAAAGCAUGUGGGCGUUCAAGGUCAUCGGUGUAAAAUGAAUGUGAUUUUCGAUUAAAGAGAGAGAGCAGAGAGGCUGUUGGGAGCUUGGUGACGUGAACAGAAACUGUUGCCUUCCAGAUUUUCACAGCAGCAAUCAGCAGCUCACACUUACCCUGCGUUGCGAUGCCUCUAUUGAGAGAUUUUCGGAAAAAAGAUGACAUCAAUGCCGUUUAUGAGCUGAAAGAAAAACUGGGAGAGGGCUCGUUCUCGGAGGUUCGAGUGGCUCAGCACAGAUGCACUCAGAAGCUUGUGGCUGUCAAGUGCAUCCGCAAGAGAGCGCUGAAGGGAAAGGAAUCCAUGCUGGAGAAUGAGAUUGCUGUAUUACGCAGAAUAAAUCAUGAAAAUAUCGUGUCUUUGGAGGAAACCUUUGAGACUCCUUCUAAACUGUAUUUGGUAAUGACACUGUUGACAGGAGGGGAGCUACUGGACAGGAUUCUGGAGAGAGGCAGUUACACAGAGAAAGAUGCCAGUCGUGUGAUCUAUCAGGUGCUGGAGGCGGUAAAGUAUCUACACCAGCUGGGCGUUGUGCAUCGCGAUCUAAAGCCAGAGAAUUUACUCUAUGAGACUCCACUGGAAGACUCCAAAAUUGUCAUUAGUGACUUUGGUCUGUCUAAAAUGGAAGAGGAGGGCGCUCUUUCCACGGCCUGUGGGACACCUGCCUAUGUCGCUCCUGAACUUCUACAGCAGAAAACAUACGGCAAAGAGGUGGAUAUAUGGGCCAUUGGGGUGAUUACAUUCAUUCUACUUUGUGGCUAUCCACCAUUCUACGAUGACAAUGACACACAACUCUACAAGCUGAUCAUAAAGGCGGAAUAUGAAUUUGAUUCACCAUACUGGGACGACAUCUCUGACUCCGCGAAAGACUUCAUAGUUCACUUACUCCAGAAGGAUCCAGCGAAGAGGUUCAAUUGUGACCAGGCCUUGCAGCAUCCUUGGAUAUCAGGAGGUGCGGCUCUAGACAAGAACAUCCAUGGCUCAGUGUCAGCACAGAUUCAGAAAAACUUUGCCAAGAGUCACUGGAAGAGAGCCUUUAAUGCCACCAUCAUCGUGCGUCAUUUAACAAAGAAAACCCACCCUGAGGAAGAUGAUGAAGGGAAUCACUCCGCAAGUAUAGGGACCAUCUGACAAUCUACCGGCAGUAAACCGAGGCUCUGUUAAAGGAAUAGCUCGCCAAACAUGAAAACUGUGUCAUUUACUCACGCUCAUGUUGUUCUAAACCCCUGUGACUUUCUUUCACGACCCUCAUUUUGUGAUCAAUGAAAGAAGCAGUGAACAGGUUCUGUGAAGAUCCAAAAAGCAAACAAAACAUUAUAAAAACAAUUCAUACAUCUGUAUUUGCAUAUUUAAAUUUGGCAUGUGCCAACUGGUUAUGAGACAUGUGAGAAACAAUAGCGUUUAGCAUUGCUUACAAUAAACUUUGUCAUGCACAUAUUUAACUACAUGCAAAAAUGAGUAUUCAGGUUUGAGAAUUGCAGUGGAGUUAAAGUUGGCAUGAAAUGGAAAUUAAUCUAUUUUCUAAAUGCAGCUCAAACAUAAGGCAAAUGAUUCAUCCAUGCAAAUGCUUUAUUUUUACAUUUUUGACUUUUUAAAUCAACAUGUCUCAAUUUUCUAUUGAAAUGACAUUUAAAAAAAAAAAUGACUUUUUCUGAUAACGUGUCCCAGACUUUUCCAAUCAUUUAAUCCACUUAAACCUGUUCUGUGCUACACUUUCUAAAGCUUUUUUCAGAGAUUGACAUCAGGGUUAUUGUUAACUAAAAUGAAAAAUAAAGCCAUUUAAAAAAAACACUGGAACACUUUAAACACCGGAAAAAAACAUUAACAUUUAAUUUCAGCUACAUUUCUCAUUUUUUCAAUUUAACAUGCAGUGCUAAAAUGACUAGAACUAAAAGUAAAUGCAAAAAAAAAAAACAUAAAAAUUAAUCAUAAAAAAAAGUUAAAAAAUAAGAGUUAAAACAGAAAAAUGAACAUUAUUGUUUAAUUCAAAAUAUUAACAAAAACUAUAACAGUAUGUCAGUGAUACUAAAAUACCACUGAUUGACAAUCCCUAUCAUUGUGUGCUUGAGAAAAGAGCAUUUUGCUAAACCACUUCUUUUGUGAAAGAAAAAUCACACAGGUUUGGAACAACAUUACCAUGACCAGUGUUGGGGAGUAACUAGUUACAUGUAACAGUGUUACAUAAAUGUCUAUUAAUGACAAAAUAAGGUAACAGUUUAUUUUAAGGUUUCCUUGUAAGAUGUUACAUGUACAUACUAUUACAAUAACAAAUAAUUAUGCAUAAUUACAUGCAAGUAACCCUAACCCAAACCCUAAACUUAACCCAAACCAAUGUUGCCAGGGUCGCGGUUUUCCGCACAAUUGGGCAAUUUUAAAAAUGAAGUCGCAGAAAAAAAUACAGAGCCGCAAGUUGUGGUUUUUGGACUACUUUCAUAAUGUUCCGUGGCCGCCCAAAGUAUAGACAAAUAAAAAUUAAAAUGGAUCCAUUGACUAAUGGCAACUUAAGAAUGGAGACGAUGUCACAUUACAACCUAUUAUGUGAGUUUCACCCAGAGCAUAGAUGUUUUGGUUUUUUUUACACAGCAGAAAUAAACAUGACAAUAGCCAGUCAAAGCAUGUCACUUGUAAGUCUGUGUGUUCUGCGUGUCUCUGUUUGAAAAGCAUAGUUUUGACUACUACACAUACUCUCACACAUGAAGCUCACUGUGAUUUUAGUGUUUACAUCGCACUUUAUGAACAUCAUCUCCAGAGCCCCUCCAAAAGAGCUUUUCACCGUAUCAUAAAAAAAAACCUCACGACAAACAUGAAGAAAUUUUAACAGAAACAUAUUACUAUGAUAAAUGUACUUCUCAAAAUGAUAGGCCAAUACUAUUACUAAUUACUGAAUAUCAAACACAGGCCUACAGUUAUGUCGUGCAUCAUCUUAUUUGACAAAAAUAAAAAUGCAAUGUUUUUGUUGUAAAUUAACUGUUAUGUAUUGUUUUAUAGAUUGAUUGAUAUAGAUUGAUUAAAUUGUUAAAGUUUUAUUUGCCAAUUUCAUUAGACAGACAGAUUACAUUAGGCAUUUGUAUUAAAUCAUGAAACACAAAAUAAAUAAAAAAUAUAACAGAAUUUAUGAAAAAAAAAAAAAAAAAAAAAAAAAAAGUUAAGUUUACAUGCAUUCUCAGAGCAUUUCCUUCCAUAAUAAUGGUAAAUGAAUAUUGUGAUAAAUAAUGAUAUGAUAUGGAAAAACAAUAUUGUCAUAAUAUUUCUGGUCAUAUCACCCAGCCCUAAUAUUCAUUUUUAUCAUGAAAAGUGCUGAAAAUUAAAAUGAAACAAAGGGUAAAAGCAAGAAAGGAAAUACAUAUAUAAAAUUCAGGUUAAUUAAUUUUAUAUGAUUAUAUAUAAUUCUACAUAUAAACAAGUCUUACUAAGAUUCAAAGCGUAGAAUAAAUAAAAUCUAAAUAUUUAUUUUAAAAGACAUCAAUGGACUUAACCAGCUGUCAGCUGUGAUUGGACAGGGCAAAAAUUGGGCUAGUUUUUAUUAAGUAAGUUUUGGGCUGGAAAUUUUUCUGGGACCUGGCAACCUUGACCUUAACCAUAUAGUAAGUACAUGUAUUAAAUAAUAUUACUCAGUACUUGAAUGUAUAAUUACACUGUAACAAGGACACCUUAAAAUAAAGUGUAACCCAAAACCAAUGUACCUGUAAUCUGUUACAGAAAAAAUGUGUAAUUAAAUUAGCUAUUUAUGAAAAUGUUAACAAUUACAAAGGGAGUUACAUCCGAAUGCUUCUUGUAUUAAUAUACUAUUUCUGGUUAUGAUUUUAAAUCUGUAUUUAAACUCAGAAUGAUGUCAAAGUAAAAUGAGAUGCUAAAGUCUGUUUUUGUCAAUUCAAGUGAUGAAGUCUGACAGUAAUCUAUGUUGAGUACUACUGUAAGGUUAACCUUGCCUGCUUUAGAUGUUUGAAAAUGACUGAACAGUCAGUUACACAUUUAGUAAUGUAACCUUCCCAACACAAUGACAUAACUUUCAUUUUGGGGUCUGACCGCAAAGAUCAACACAGUCUCUGAAACACACCUAUGUUUUAAAUGUGCCGCUGUCAGUGAGCCUUCUGCCAAAGCUACUGCUGCUACACUUCAGUGGGCCGCCACUGUAAAAAUACCCUCAGUGGAGAGCAGCUCCUUCACAACUCGUGUUUUCAUAAGUGUUCAACUCCCCGUCUACUUGUAUUUGACGCAUAACAGCAUGCCGCUAUUUGACAGAACGGAAUAUUUAGUCAUGUAGUACUGUCUGUCAGCUGUAAGUACUGUCACUUGACGCUGUAUCAGUGGCGCUACCAGAACAAAUACGCCGUAGAAUAGGAUAUUACAAUGGAUAAAUGGAGUAAAUAGUAAUUGCUGCCUUGUAUCUGUGCUCUCAUUACACCGCCGAAUAAAU